AUGGACUAUAUUUUUGCCUUCCAAAUGUCUGGAAUUGCAACUGUCUUUGAAUGCAUCCCCGAGCUGAGCUUAGAGGAGAAAGAGUCAGUCACAAAUGACUGUAACAUGUAUUAUUCAAGUGUAUAUCUAAAGGGGCCAGUCCACAAGAGGCACCUCCGCUCAGCAUGUGUACUUGCAAAAUCACCUCUUGAAGGUUACCGUCCCAUCCCAACAGACCCUUACCUGGGAGGGAGUUCACCCUUGCCACCCCCAGUAAGUGACAGGAUGAGAAAGAGACGGGCUUUUGCUGAUAAGGAGUUGGAGAACAUUAUGCUAGAGAGAGAGUAUAAAGAAAGAGAGAUGAUGGAAGCUACGCAAGCAGCUGCCCUUUUUCUUCCUAACCGCAUGGUGCAUGGACCUGAAUACAGCUCGUAUAAAACAGCCUUCAACCCUCCUCAAGUCGAUGCUCCGAACAAGGAGUUUUGCAAUUUUUUACCAACCUGCCUUGAUCUAACCAUGCAGUAUUCAGGAUCUGGUAACAUGGAACUAAUUUCUUCAAAUGUCAGUGUAGCGACUACCUACAGGCAGUAUCCCCUGUCUUCCAGGUUGUUAGUGUGGCCAAAAUGUGGCCCCAUUAGUGAUGCUCUCCUCUAUCAGCAAUGCCUGUUAAACGCUACUACCGUUCAGGCUCUCAAACCUGGGGCAGGGUGGGAUGCCAAGGUCUCGCAAAGUCAGGACUGUCCAAACAAUGAGCAAGACACUGUGUCUCCAAAAUUGGAGAAUUCGGUUGUUCUGACCCACACUCGAGACAUUCAGCAGUCAUGUAAUGAGACUGCAUGCUUUCCUCAGGAAGCUCGAGAGAGGUCAGCUUUCUCUCCUCCAAAAAGGACUUUCUCUCAGAUUUCUGAUAAGGAUCCUCUGGCUCCUCAAGAACAGAUCUUGAGCAAGAUCAGCAAAGAAAGCACCAAGCCCCCUCCACCACUUAAAUACAAUCCAUUCCAGUCCCUGUUCCAGCAAACAUUUCCUGACAAAUCUGGAGCAGAGCUGCGAGCAUCGUUUGUCAAAGAGACUUUUGAAGAAGCUUCUAAGAAAUACAGAGAGUGCUCAAUUAAAGAGAACCAAAAGUAUAAACUGACAAUAGAAAAAUAUGGAAAAGACUUCUUUGAGGCCAAACAGGCCACAACAAAACUUUCGACAAAUGAGCCACUGUCAUUUUCAGUUGAAUCCAUCCUUAAACGACCUUCUUCUGCAGUUGCUAAUGUCUCUCAAUAA